AUGUGGGAUGUCAUCUGGACAGACCCGGACCGGCAGUCGGUCAAGGAUCAUCGUGCCAAAAAGAAAGGCCGCCAGACAGACCAAAAGCAGAUGCCUUCUUCAAAACGAAGUUCCAUGCUCACUACUGGCUCGGGGUCUUCUGGCGAAAGCCCAUUUGGUAUCUUUCGCUCCAAACAGAACAAACAGCGAGCAGUCUCUCCGUACACUUCUGGCACUACAUCUCCUAGCAUGUUUUCGUCACUGUCGCCCUUGUCACAGGUCUUUGAAUCAAAGAGCCGCAGAAGCUCCGGGCUUGUGACAACAGCACCAUCUUCUCCUGUGGUUGAGAGAAUCAAGUCAAACACCACCACCGGCCGUGCAGACUCCCAGCUCCAGAGCAAGCAGCAAGAGAAACCACCAGUGUGGGACGAGAAAGGAAUAGUGAAGGAAACACAACCUUCUGCCACCGUACUGGCACCAUCCAAAGAUGGGGAGCUAUCUGAGAUUAAGAAAACAGGUCGUCUCAUCGAGCUUUUACAGAGUCUGUCUGAUGGGAAAGAUACUGGCUCCAUUUCGAUUAGUCUUGGUGGUGUUUUUGGAGACGACGAAUCUGACAACGACCUGGAAGACUUGAUUGCCGAAUUUACUGCGCCUCCUAGCGUCUCAACAACACUCAUUGAAAAUAACCCAGAGGCACUGCCGGAUUCUCCCACAACUCUGGUUCCACCUCCCAAAUCACCCUUAAGACUUCUUUUACCCAUUUCUCCUGUGAAUGACGUCAAUUCAUGGAAGACACCAAAACAAUGGGCUGCUCUUGAUGCCAAGCAGAAGGCGAUGGAAGAUGAGAAACCGAGCCUGCUCCCUCCAGCGCGCGUCGAAAGCCAAACAAAGCCUAAAUUGGAAGAAGUGAAGAAGAUUGCUGUUUCACGACCACAGGUAAUGCUGGCACGUCUAAAUCAACUGUAUGAGGCAAAUGGUCGGUUAGAUGUGAAUCAUCAAAACUAUACCGAGAUGGCUAUCUGGGCACUGUCUACGUUCUUCUAUUCAGAUAUGCCUCUGGAUAGCAUUAUCCGACAAACUGGAAAGGCAAAUCCAGCAGAGUUGGCUUUAGUCUUACAGGAAUCAUCAGUCUCAGCCAUGUAUGUUGCUGCUCUUCAUGCACCUCACAACGUUCACCACAUAUCUAGUGCGCAAAGCUCUUAUGAUGAUGCUACGAAUUUGCAGCUCAUUAAACUACCAUCCAUCCAUGCAAAGGAUAUGAACUUGUCGCCUAUGGUAUAUCAGAGCGCGUAUGCAUAUUCAAUGCCGAGCCGGUAUCCGGCGUCUGAACUCGAGGGCAUAUUACGGAAUAUUAGAGCUAGUCUGCGAGUUGGAGGUAUCCUGAAUCUUGUGUUGAUUGAUCCUAUGCCAUGCUUAGGAAGCAUGGGUGAACAUAUGUGGCGAUGGAUGAAUCGCUAUGUGACCUCGAGACUGGAAGGCUUGGACUGCUGCCUCGAACCUACCCGACGCUUUCCCAAACUAUUGGGCAAUGCUGGGCUGAGAGGUGUGGGUAGCCGGUGCACAAAGAUCAAAUUCUAUGCGCUACAACAGAGUUCACUAAGUGGCCGUCGUGACCCGGAUCGGAGCAUUGACGAACUGCGUGAAGAACUGGAGACAAAGGCGCAAGUGAGGACUCUGAUCGGCCGCUUGGUCUGGAUGGAAACAUGGGGCAGUCUAAUUGAGCCCCAGCCGACUAAGUGGUGGUGGGAGGAUAAGAACUGUGUGGAUGAGUGUCUUCUACUCGGUACGUUUUGGGAGAUGCAGCAAAUCGAAGCAGUACGGUCAGAAGUAUGA